AUGAAGAUCUCACGUGCUGCCUCCCUGUUGGCCGCCACCUGGGUAAAGUGUGACUACUCCUGCAUCAAUGUCUACCAGGGAAUCCCCGACAAUUCGACCGUGGCACCCGGCAGCAAGAUUGACAUCCGCUUCAACCGUGCCCCGACGAGCCACUGCCCCGACCCGUUGAAUAAGUACGCUGGAGGCAACUACAGCCUAUGGCCAUACAACAAUCCCAUGCGCAAUCGUGACACCAUCGCGUACGACCAGUCGAUCGAGAUUCAGUCCGAUAUUCCCGAGUCCCAGGGUGUCGUUACCAUUACCAUCCCGGAGAACCUCCCCGUGGUGAAGGAUUAUUCGGUUUGGUACCUGCGUCUUAGUACUUAUCUUCCCGAUGCCCCUCAGGGAUAG